AUGUAUGAGUCGAAAAAGUCCAUCUUAAAUAAAGAAAAAAGUAAGAAUAGUUUCAAAAGAAUGAUUAAAAAUAUUACUACUUUAGGUGGUAAUAAAAGUCAAACAGAAAUAAUUAAGAAAAAAAUAAUUAAAAUAGCAGAAAUAGACAAAAAAUUAUCUGCUACUAUAAUCGAUGGCUUGGAAAAAAAUAAAAAGAAGAUACUCGAUAUGAUGAAAAAAAGAUACAAGGAAUUCGAUAUUGUUUAUAGUUAUGAUAGUAAUAUUCUUAAUUCAUUCUUUAAAGACAUGGAAAAUGAUAAGAAUAUAGUUAAUUAUAGUUAUAUUGUGAACAAUAUUAAAGAAGGAGGCAAUUAUAAAUUCCGUUAUUGCUACUCGAAUGAGAUUGUUUUAUUAUUAGAGCUUGACAAAGGAAGAAAUAAUCUCAUAAAAACAAUUAAUAACAACACUUCCAGUUUUUGUUUAGAUCAUGUUAAAGGCGGUAUACAAAAUUUACAUGAUAAUGACAGCAAUCUGUACACAUAUGAUGCUAUACAUAGAAAGCCUAAUAUAGUUGAAAAUCCAGUAACAUUAAGCGCAUCCGAUAAAAAUGAACUAUUAAACAAAGAAGAUGAUGGUAAACCAUUUAUGGAAAAUGGUACUACUAUAUCGAUCAAGAAAAAAAUAGUGGAAUCGAGCAAUUCUUUAACAGUACAGCAAGCAAUAGAAGGAUUAGGAAGUGAAUCACGAAUAUUGCUUGAUGUACUUGGAUGUUUUGUGUGUGUGACAAUGCUACUGAUGGGAAUCGCAUAUGCAGGAGGAGUGGAUGCAAGCAAGAUUAGCGGAGUAGAGACAUGCGUUCUUAUGGUAUCAACAAUUAUACCGAUUGUAGCAGCAGCGCUUGCAUUGAACAGUAUGCGAGAGAUGUAUAGAGAGAAGAAUGCGAAGGUGUCGGCUGUUGUGCUACUACCGAUUGCAGGUGCAGCAUUUAUGAUGAUAGCGAAUAUGUAUAUGUUUUAUCUGAAGAUGGGCAAUAUGGAGUUGUAUGAUGUGCUGAUGCAUCUUGGAAUUACAUUGCUUACGGUGAUGGCCGUGAAUGUGUAUGAUGAGGUAGCUAUGGGUGUGGUGAAUGUGUUAAGUGUGGUGAUGAUUGCAGGAUGUGCGAUACGUGUGGUAUGCUCAAAUAGAAGUGGAGAAGAAGAAAGUAGUAGUAGAUUGGUGAAGCGGAAGAAUGCAAUAGAAAUAGGAUUGGUAGUGACACCGAUGGUGGUCUAUGCAGUGAUGCAGGUGUUUAGAAGAGUAAAGAGUAGGAAAGAAGGAAUAAAGCAAGAAGCGAGAAGCGAUCAGAAAAUGAAAGUUAUAAGAAUAGUGAUUUCGUUUGCAGGAGUGAUUGGAAUGCAGAUUGCAUGGAUGGUUUCUAGUAUACUGAUUAUGAAUGGAGUAAUUGGAGGUGUAUAUGAGAGCAGAACAUGA